AUGAAAUUAAAGUAUAUUAAGGAAAUCGAUGUCUUUGGUCCUAAAAUAGAAUUAAGACUAGGUGACAAAAAAACUCAUAAGACUCUAUGCGGAGCCACCAUGACUCUUUUUGUCGUAGCAUGUUCAAUAACAGCAGUUAUUUUAAUUGGGAAAGAAUUGAUUUAAAAAGAUAGUCCAAGUGUAUCGUUUUAGCAAAUCCUAGCUUAUGAGUCUAAUAACGAAAUCAGCUCUAAUGUAGGCAGCUUUGGAUCAUUUAGUUAGAUCUCUUUAAAUGAUAUCUAAUUUAUGGUUGGGAUUACAGAUUUAUAGGGAUAGGAAAUAUCAAAAGACAUCAUCGAUAAAUUAUAAAUUCAAAUAUAUUUUGUAUAAAAAGAUGGUAAUAAUUACCAAAAAACUCCAAUACAAACUGAGCAAUGCAAAAGCGAUUCCUUUUAAAAUUAUAAUAUAAGUGAUUUUAAUCCAAGCAAUUACUUAUGCUUAAGCGAUAAUCAGUAAUUUGAAGCUUGGGGGUAUGAUACAGAUUUUAAAGCUCAAUAUUUUGAGGUUAGUGUUCAGUGCAAAACUACCCAAUGCUUAUAAUCUUGUUGCUAAUAUUAAAAAUUGAAACUAAAUUUAUUAUAUUAAGACUAGUACUUUUCUCCUAACAAAUAUGCAUAAUGCUAUACUCCAAUCUACAACAGCAAGUAUAUUGAAUUUAAUUUACUAUAAAAUGGUGUUGAUGGUAGCUAAGACUAUGAUUUAAUUUUACAAAAAUCUACAGUAGUCACUGAUUAGGGUUGGCUUACAUCUACUUUUGAGAAAAGUAACUAUGUUAUUAUUAAUGAAUUAGCCUAAUCUUUAAACUCUAAUGUUGAUUUUGUGCUCUCUCUAAGAAUAUCUGUUCAUCCAUUAAGGCUCAUUUAUCAAAGAAGUUAUCUGAAGGUAUAAGGCUUGCUUGCAGUAGUUGGUGGUCUUUUGAAAACUCUGAUUUUAAUUGGUAGAGUACUCGUUAAACCAAUUGCAAAAUUAUCGAUGAAUUCUGAAUUAGUAAAUGAGCUUUUUGUUUUCGAGGACUAAAGAAAUAGAAGAUUAAGAAAAAGCUUGGAAAAAUAAAUGCAAUAGAGUGACUCUGAUGAUAGUGAUAGCAGUGAAAUUUAUAAGAAAGAAGAAAAUAAGUUUAAAAAAGAAUAUGUUUUAAAAGAAUUAGAUCAGUAAAAUUAUUAUCAAGAUAGUGAAGCAAACUAGGAAUUAAAUUCUAACUAAUAAGCAUAUGGCCAAUAUUUAUAGCCUAAAUAAUUAGACAAAAAAACCCUUUAGUUAGAUAACUAAUAUAAUUAAAAUGAAUAUAUGUUUCAAAAAUAACGCCUCUACCCUGCAGAUUAUUAAGUUAAUGAUUAGGAAAAUAAUAAUAAUUUUUUUAAAAUAGAUUAUGUUGAUUAGCUAAAAGGUAUUAACCAAAUAAAAUAAAGAGAAAGCAUUAUAGAUAGCAAAAAUGUUUCUUCGAUAUAAAAAGCAAAGUUAAAUCUUAAAAAUUCAAUAGCAAGGGAUAAAGAUUUAUUCAGUUAUAAUACAUAGCAAAAUUUUAAUACUUAAAAUUAAAUUCAAUAAAAAGAGAACCAAAAUUAUUAAAUUACCAUAAAUGAUUCUGAUAAAAAAAAGAAAUAUUCUGCCAUAAACACUCCAAAAUCAAAAUUUUUAUAAGAAAAUUUAGCUCAGCAGAAUAAAUUUGAGAGCUCAGCAUUCAAAAGAGUUAGAACAAGAUCUAAUUCUUAAACAUCCAAAAAAUAAUUUGAAAUUAUUAUAGGACAAGAAUAAAAGCAAGCAGUAUAAGAAAUGAAAGGUGAAUUAAAUCUCAAUUCAAUUGAUCAAUAAAAUAUUGAAAAUAAACAAGAAGAUUAAUAAGAUGCAAGUGAUGCUAAUCAUCAAGAAUAAAACCUAGAUCCAGGUAAUGAAGAAAAUAGAAUUUUUAAUGCAAGAAGGGCAAAUAAAUAUUUAACAGCAGAAGUAAGCUAGAAUCAAUACAACUCAAUUAAAGUUGAUGAUAGCUUAAAAGUAUUCUAAAGUGUUAAAUAGAAUGUAAACUUAUAAAAAUAAUAGGAUCAUUCUAAUCAACAACAAUAGCAGCAACCAUCUAAACCAAAUUUGUAAAAUAAACCUAAUUUAUUUAAAAGAAAAGGAACAACUAUCAUCACCGAAAUACUCUAAAAAAAUUAUUUAGUUUAGAGAGGUAUGAGAAAAACAACUGUAAAAGAAUAAAAUGAAGAUAAUGCCAGAUUUUCUAAUGAAUUAGAGAAUAUGUAAGAAAAACCAUUAAGAUUCACUUGCAUAGAUUACAUUAAAUACUAUUUCUCACAACUGAAGUGUUUAUCUAAGAAAAAGUAAAUCAAGUAUUCUGUAAAGAAAGUUACUGAGCGUUUUGAUAUCAUAUACAUUUUAUAAAAGCUUGUGGAAAUAGAUAAAUUAAAAGUAUUGCUUUUGUCUUAUGAAUAAUAAAAACUUUUUGAGUAUAUGCCUAAGCCUGUUGUGCAAACAGAUCCUGAAAAGUAAGAGAAUAAUUUGAUGCUAGGUAGAAUGAAUGCAGAUCUUCAGCAAAAUUGGACUCUUCUCAAUUCAGAAAAAGGAAAUUUAGAUAAAUUUACUGAGGCUUUCCACGCUUACAAAUAGAUUCAAAUGAAACAAGAAAAAGAGCCAUUAGAUGAACGUCUGAUAAUGAUGUUAGAUCCUGAUGUUAAAAGAUACUUUGACAUAACUAAAGCGGAUGGAAGCUAAGUAGUGACACCUAACAAAAACUCAAGAAAAGUUUCUAUGAUCCCUCUCAAAUUUAAUGUACCAGAUUAAGGAUAGGGAUUAAAACAAUCUAUUAUGUUAGCUAGAUCUUAAAUGCAAUAGUUAAGAUUAUAACAACAAAAAGACGAAGUACGAAUGAGGUUAACCUCUUCUUACAUAGAAAAUGAUUGUGGUUAAGAUAAUUAACAAAAACAAGAAGAUAAUCAAAUAAUUGAUUUGUAAUAAUCAAAUAAAUUCAAUCACUUCUAUGAAAAGGAAGAAAAUAAAAAUAUGAAAAACAGAAUUAGUUAAAAGUAUAAAGAAAAUAUUUAGUUUUAGCCUUUGCUCGCUCCCAGUGGAGAUGUUAAUUCGCCUAAAAGCACUUAGUAGUUUAUUCAAAGUUAAACCAUGUUUAGUUAACAGCCAUCUAACCAAAAUAAAAACACUGAAUAAAGAAUUAAUCAUUUAUCCUGUUCUGGAGAAUAAAUUGAGGAAAAUAUUUAAGGAAAAACUUCAUAUCCUAGGGAAAGUAUUUGCCUUAAUUAGGCUGAUUAUAUGGAGAAUAAUAAUUAAUACAGCAAAUUAAGUACUUUAAGCUUAAAGGAUAACUAGUUCUCUUUUGCAAGGAAAUCAAUUGAGUCACCUUUAUUCUUAUUUGAUCCUUAGAAGAAAAAUUUGCUUAAACUUAGUAGUAUUAAGAACAUGCUUAUGCCAGUAAGUCAAACAAGCUUGUCUAUUCGUAAUAGUAAUUAAACUAUGAUUUCUCAAAAGGAUGAAAACUAGGAAAGUUUAAAUAAAAAAGAUCUAUUUGAGUAAUAAUAAUUCUAUUAAAUAUCACCUUACAGCUUUUUGUAGAAUAAAAAAAGCCAAAAGAAAAGGCGUUGUUAAUCCUAGCAUGACUUGGAAAACAUCAGCGAGUAGCAAGAAAAUGAGUACUAAAACUAACUGUUUGUGUAACUUGGAAACCCCAAAAAUAUAUCUUUUGGCAACUAAGCAUUAAUUUUAAGUAAUGAAAAUACAAAUGAUAAGAAUGACCAAUCAUUAAAAAGGCUAAUAGUUUUGAAUAAUUCAGAUGAAACACAAGCUAAUGAAAUGAUUCAUUUUGAUGAUAAAAAACUAUAUGAGCAAUUAUUAAUUAGUAAGUAAAUUAAUUAAGAAUUUUCAUAAGAAAGAAAAGACAAAAAACAUUCUCAAGAUUAUAAUUCAGAAAUUAAUAUCAUAAACAAUAAAUUUAGAAAAAAUUCUGAAAGUAAUCAUAAUAACACUCCUCCUUUAUAAGCACACAGAUAAAACUCUCCUAAUUUAUCUCAUUUGAUUCCUUAACAUAGGAAAAACACAAACAGUGUUGGCAGUUAAAACAGCUUAUUUAACAUAAAAAAAGAAAGCCUGAACUUAAAUGGAUCAAAUAGCUAAGCACUUAAAGAUAGUCCUAUCCUUGAUUUUGAUAAUAAUUUUCUUAGUUUACACCAUCCAAGACUAUUUUUUGUGAACCCUUUUAAUAGAAAUAUUACAAGCUAGAAUCAAGAAUAAAACAAUGAAGUUAGUGCAUUUAACAGAGAGAGCAUAAAAAAUAACGGAGUUAAUAAAAUAAAUAGCAAUCAAAGCUUUUAAUCGAUUCCAGAGGAAUACUUGAGAUCUAAAAGAGGAGAUUUCAACUUAUUUAAUAAUAAUUUUAUAGAAGAAAAUAAUGAUAACAACCAACAAAAAAUGUUUAAUUAAUAAGAUAAUUAAUUGAGUUUUAAAAAGGGAAAUAUCUAACUGUAAAACAAUUAUUUUAAAACAACAUACAGUUAAACAGAGUAAAAUACUCCUCAUAAUCAUAAACAUGAUUUUAACAGUAAAUACCAAAAUAAUAACAAUACUUAAGAUAAUAAUUAUCCUAAUAGGGUCUCAGAGCCUUCUAAACAAUUAAAUUAUCAUAUAAAAAACAAAUAUUCAACUCCCUCUUAAAAUGUUUCACCAUUCAAAAAUCCAAAAAUGUAAGAACUAUUUUAGCCCUUCUCUUAUAAUUCUUCACAGCAUGAUUAAUAAUUAAACAUUUAGUAAACAACGAGUAUUAACUCAAUUUAGAGUAACUUUAAACAAGUUAAAAGCAGCAUUAACUCAAAUCAAAAAGAAAUUAAUUAUAAUCAAGUUCACUAAUAAGACAAUAACAGCUAAGAAAAUAUUUAAUUUUUCAAAGAUAUACUUUAGGAUCAAAAUGCUUAAAAGAGAUCUAAAUUAUAAAGCACUUAGAUGACAAAUUUUGAUCCUAAUAAUAGAUAAAUGAAUGAUUAGAACUUGUAAAAUAUAGAAAUGACUCCGUAAAAAUUAGAUUAAGAAGAUGAAAUUUCAUUAGAAAGUUUUAAGUAGCCUAAUUUAAACCAAUAAAAAAGUUACAGAUAUUCUUCAAUUAACUUUAAUAUUCCAUAGCAAAUUAAUUCUUAGCGUCGCAUAAAUAUCGAAAAACCUUAAAAUGCAGAUAAAAAUAUCUAACUAAGUGCUAAUAAAAGUAUCAAGCAAAGAGUAAGCCUAAAUCCUCAACUGAUUUCAAGUCAGAACUAAAAUGGUUUAAAUAAUUCAUAAGUUCAAAACUUUUUGAAGAAAAACAAUAACGCUAAGCUUUAUGAAUCCCCAUACACCUAGUAGUAAAGAUUCCUGAAAAAGAGGUAAUAAGAAAAAAUAGAGCAGCAGCUAAGAGAAUCACAGUACAGUCAAUAAAUAAAUAAUAGUGUCUUUUAAAAUUAUCAUAAUGAGGCAUAAGAUAUUAAUAAAAACCCUAGAAGCUAAAAUAGUUAAUCACACAAAUCAAAUAAGAGCUAAGAAAAAUUUGAUAUUCAGAAAAAGGUUACCAUUAAUUAGCCAAAAAAUUAUAGUUAAGCCCAAGCAGGUCGAUAAAUUGCAAGAAGCCCUUCUAUUUAGUAGGAAGCUCUUCUUACAACUGAAAAUGAUGAGAAUAAAGAUUUUAUCCCUAGAAGCGAAUAGCAACAGUUUUCACAUAAUUUUUAAAUGUAAACAGAAGAAAAUGAAGAUCUAAUUCAAUUUAAUAGAACUAGUAGGGGUGGUUCAAUAAGUUCUUUUUCUGAAACAAAAGAAAAUGAUUAAAAAUAAAAAACUGAGCCUUUGUAAACAGAGGAAAUUAUCAUAUUUGAUGAAAAAGAUACUGAUACAAACCACCAUAGCCAAAUUUGA